AUGGCGCUCUCCCAAGCAGCCGCCCUCGUCGAGAAGAUCAUCGGCCAUGGAGGCGAGGCCGCCACCGAGCAGAAUCUCUCGAAUCCAGCCAACGAUCCGGCCAAGUAUGCUGACCCGUCGGGCGAGAAGAUGAAGGCUCUCGUGUGGAACGGCAAGAACUCGGUCAAGGUGAUCGAGACGUUCAAACCGGCCAAGAUUGAGCCGACCGACGUGAUUGUCAAAGUGACCGGCUCGACCGUUUGUGGCUCCGACCUGCACCUGUAUCACGGCUCCAUCGUCGAACUGCAGAAGGGCGACAUCCUGGGCCACGAGUUCUGCGGCGUGGUCGAGAGCGUGGGGCCGAGCAUCAGCAAAGUCCGGCCCGGCGACCGGGUGGUGUGCAGCUUCCAGAUCGCCUGUGGCAACUGCAUGUACUGCAAUCGCAAGCUCAGCAGCCAGUGCGAAAAGACCAACGACAACACCAUCGAGAACAUCAUGUACGGCGGCCGCACCGCCGGCAUGCUGGGCUACUCGCACUUCACCGGUGGCUUUGCCGGCGGCCAGGCCGAGUAUGUGCGAGUGGCUUUUGGCGACGUCAACCUGCUCAAGCUGCCGGACGACGUGCCGGACGAGAAGGGUCUGUACCUGUCCGAUGUGCUGGCCACGUCGUGGAACGCCGUCGUCGACACGGGCGUGAAGGACGGUGACGUGGUGGCGAUUUGGGGCGCGGGACCCAUUGGCCAGAUGUGCGCCGACAUGGCCUUCAUUAACGGCGCCAAACGCGUCAUCCUGAUCGACGGCGGCCCCGGCGCAUGGCGACUCGACUAUGUCAAGUCGAAACUGCCCCAGCUCGAAACCAUCAACUUCACCGACCUGCCCAAGGGCGAGAGCGUCACGUCGACCCUGAAAAAGAUGGAGCAUGGCGGCCCGGACGUGGCGAUCGAGUGUGUAGCCGGCGAAUAUGCCAAAGGCUGGGCCCAUUACUUUGAGCUGAUGCUGGGCGCCGAGACGGACACGUCGGAGAUUGUCAACGAGAUGAUCACCUCGGUCAAGAACUUUGGCCGCUGUGGGAUCACGGGCGUCUACGCCGGCUUCACCAACCACUUUAACAUUGGGUCGCUCAUGGAACGCGGCAUUCGGCUGAUCGGCAAUGGCCAGGCCCCUGUCCAUCUCUACUGGGAAGAUUUGCUCAAGAAGAUCCAAGAUGGAACCCUCGAUCCUCUGCGUAUGGUCAGCCACCGGGUGCUGCUGGACGAGUUGGAGGAGGUUUACCAUCGCUACGAUGCCCGCGAAAAUGGAAUGCAGAAGGUCUUUGUGCAGACCAAGUUCAGCGGUCCGCCGUCACCGGGUACGCCGCAAUUGACCAAGUAUGGAACGGCCGAGUAG